UACUCCUCUGGAUAGUGAAGCGCUCAGAGACUUGAGCUGGAGAAGAGGAAGCUGUUCACUGCUGCUAGAAGAAUCCCAGAACUCAUUAGAUUUGGUGCUUGAAGGGGUGGAUUUUCGAAACUUAAGAACGGGAUAUAUUUUCUGUUUUGCUCCACCUCUUUGCCUAACAUUUUCAACUGAGACAUGUCUUUCUUCUUUGGUUAAAUCGGCUGUGGGGAAGUUUAGGGUUUUCUUUUCUUGGGGGUUGGUUGUCGAUUCGUGGUCUGAAGGAGUAUCAUCCUUUUGGGAGUUUCACGCUGGCUAUGGACUACGAACCAUACGAUAGCAGUGGAACUGAUGAUGACCUACCUCCAUUGCAUCAAAAUAGAAUUCCUAGAGGAGGACGAGUUGCAGGAAAUGGAAGAUCUGCUGUUGCUCCUGUCCCAUACCCACGGAUGUACGGUGAGACUGAUAUGGAGACACAAAUUCACCAACUUGAGCAGGAGGCGUACAGUUCAGUUCUCAGAGCCUUCAAAGCUCAAGCUGAUGCAAUUACUUGGGAGAAAGAAAGUUUGAUAACAGAACUUAGAAAAGAGUUGAGAUUAUCAAAUGAGGAGCACAGGGAGCUUCUAGGCCGGGUUAAUUCAGAUGAUGUUAUACGGAGAAUAAGGGAGUGGAGACAGGCAGGUGCGCAUCAAUCUGGUGUGCUUAAUACUAGUCAAUCUGUUCAUGACACGCUUCCCAGUCCCACUGUCUCUGCAUCUCGCAAGAAACAAAAAAUCACUCAGUCAUUACCUUCUCAAUCUUUCGGUGGGCCUUCUCCACCUUUUCAUACUCAACCAAUGGCUCCAUCACACCAGCCAUCAUCAUCAGCUGCUAAAAGAGGAUCUGUGACAGGACCCAAGGGCAAGAAGCAUAAGCCAGGUCUACCUGCUGCCUCUUCAAUGAAGUCCAUGCCAUACCCAGCCUCUGGUGCAACUGGUAGAAGUGCAGUUGCUAAUAGAGUGUCAUCUGGAGCAGCCCUUUUGAAUGAAACUACUGAAGGGACAGCAUCUGAUCCCUUGAUUGGAAGGAGAGUGAGGACCAGGUGGCCAGAUGACAAUAAUUUCUAUGAAGCUGUUAUUACCCAGUACAACCCAGUUGAGGGAAGGCAUGCCCUGGUAUAUGAUAUUGGCACUGCCAAUGAGACAUGGGAAUGGGUUAAUCUCUCAGAGAUCUCUCCAGAGGAUAUAGAGUGGGAAGGAGAGGACCCUGGAAUUUCUCAUCGAGGUGGUUAUAGCGGACCAGGUCAUGGAGUAAAUAGAUCUGUAGGCCGUGAUAGUGUUCCAGGUACAGGAAGAGGAAGAGGUGUUACAAAGGUUUCAUCUAGAAAAGAUUUUUUGCCGUCACAGAAUGGAAUUGGUAAGAAGUCGCUAGAAGAUAUACAAAUUCGUCAUACAGAUACUCUAAUCAAGGAGGUGGAGAGGCUUUUUGGUGCAAAUCAUCCCGAUCCUCUCGAAAUUGAGAAGGCGAAGAAAGUGUUGAAGGACCAUGAACAAGCACUCAUUGAUGCAAUCGGAAGGCUGGCGGAUAUUUCAGAUGGUGAAAGUGUCAAGCACAACACUGCAGCAGCUGCUGUCUACUUCCUCGACAAGUGCUGCUUCCCUGAUGUCAACAAUGAGCUGACAUCAGCAGGGAGGAAGCUAAGGCAACAUCAUGACUUCUGUCGAAUCCCGACACAAAGCAGUGGCAGGGAACCUUGACCUGAAUACAGGGAAAUUGAUAUUCUCAGGCAUGGAUCUGUAUCUGGAUCUUGAUUACGGGCCGGUUGAUCCGGAAACUGGUGGCCCAAGAACAGUACGGUGCCAGAACAGAUGGGGUGGUUUCAGAGCAGAGCAAGAUUAUGCAGGCUCCAUUGGUGAAUAGGCACUGCUUCGACUUGGAUUUUCCCGGAUUCAAAUCUUCCUGUAGGGAAAUGGCAACAUCGGCCUUGCAGGUCAAAAGAGAAGGGGCAAGUUUAGUCAUGGGAGUUGACCAGGGAGAUGGGUCGGAGAAAUAGGGAGGAUUUUUUUUUUGGUUUCAUAUUUUUAAUUUAAUAAUUUUUCUUGGUAUUAAAAAACAAUUAAAAUUAAAUUAUUUUUACACAUAACAUGUUGCAAGGUAUCAAAUGUGAAAAAUACCCAAUCAAAUGACAUUACAUGUAUAAUCUGGUUACAAGUGACAAAUGUGUUAAUGAGAUUAGUAAAAAUUAACAGAGGGAGGAUUAAUACGAAAGAUAUUGAAAGUAAUAAGAAUUAAAAGAGCAAAAAGUUUGUAUAAGGAUCAAAACAAAUAAAGUGAAUAGUACUGAGAUCAAAAUAAUGUUUAGAUCUUUGUUAAAAUUAUGUGAGCAUAAGCUAUCAUAAUAAUAAUUUGUUCAAUUCCUUGGAAUUUAUAUUAUGCGCCAUUUACAGUUGAAAGUGUUGUAUAUUCUUUCCAAAUUCAUUGUUAGGGAGUUCAGUGACCUUGUUACAUAAGAUUCUUAUGUUCUUAGAUCAUGAAUCACUUGAUAUGGAUGAUCCAUGCUGAUGUUUUGCUCUUCUCACAGAUGAGGGUGGCCGGCAGUUUUCACGUGGACUGUCAAUGGACCAAGCGUGAUGAGGAACCAAUUUUUUGUAGGAAGCAGAGUUUUUUUUAUUUGGGUGGGAGUAAAAAUGGCUGGUGGAUUGAGCUAACAUGUUGGCAAA